CCGCAUGCUGCCCUCAGGGAGCCAUUACUAGAACCGGGGGGCUUGAUUGCUCAGAAACGUCCAGGAUCGUUGCUUCAGGAGACACCUGGGAAUUGUUAAGGGGCUGCACGUUUCCUGAAGUCAGCCUGUCCUCCUAUACCCAAGCCAUGCUUCUGGGUGGCCUGAAGCAGCUAAGGUUUCAGCUGCGAACAGUGGAGUCCACCUUGACCCCGGGCAGCUGGCUGCGGUCAGUGUGCCGCAGCAGCAGCAGGCUCCCCUUCCAGGAAGGAGAAGGGAAAGCAUCUUCCUUUUCGGAAACAAGAUGGAAAGACACAGCAGAGACAGUAAUCAUUGGAGGUGGCUGUGUUGGUGUGAGCCUAGCUUACCAUCUGGCCAAAGCUGGGAUGAAGGAUGUGGUGCUUUUGGAAGCAUCGGAACUCACUGCUGGAUCUACAUGGCAUGCAGCAGGUUUAACAACUUAUUUUCAUCCUGGAAUAAACUUGAAGAAAAUACAUUAUUACAGCAUUAAGCUUUAUGAAAAACUGGAAGAAGAAACUGGGCAGGCGGUGGGCUUCCAUCGGCCUGGAAGCAUCAGAAUUGCCACAACUCCUGAAAGGGUGGAUGAGUUUAAAUAUCAAAUGACUCGAACUCGCUGGCAUGCUACGGAACAGUAUCUUAUUGAGCCUGAAAAAGUACAAGAGAUGUUUCCCUUACUGAACAUGGAAAAGGUUUUAGCUGGACUUUAUAAUCCUGGAGAUGGUCACAUAGAUCCUUAUUCUCUCACUAUGGCGCUGGCUGCUGGGGCCUGGAAGUAUGGUGCUCUACUAAAAUUUCCUGCUCCAGUGACUAAUCUAAAACCCAGAUCAGAUGGGGCAUGGGACAUUGAAACCCCACAGGGAUCUAUUCGUGCUAAUAGAAUUGUGAAUGCCACAGGAUUUUGGGCUCGUGAAGUUGGCAAAAUGAUUGGACUAGAACAUCCUCUCAUUCCGGUUCAUCAUCAGUAUCUUGUCACAGCAACCAUACCUGAAGUGAAAGCUUUAAAAAAAGAACUAGCAGUUCUUCGAGACCUGGAAGGAUCGUACUAUGUGCGACAGGAACGAGACGGGCUUUUAUUUGGUCCAUAUGAAAAUCAGGAGAAAAUGAAGGUCCAAGAUUCCUGGGUGACCAACGGAGUCCCACCAGGUUUUGGAAAGGAACUUUUUGAGUCUGAUUUAGACAGAAUCAUGGAAAAUGUGGAAGCUGCCAUGGAUAUGAUCCCAGUCUUGAGAAAGGCUGACAUCAUCAAUAUUGUUUCUGGUCCUAUCACCUACUCUCCGGACAUUCUGCCCAUGGUGGGACCACACCAGGGUGUUAAAAAUUACUGGGUGGCCAUCGGUUUUGGAUAUGGGAUCAUCCAUGCUGGUGGGGUAGGGAAAUAUCUCAGUGAUUGGAUUCUUGGUGGAGAACCUCCUUUUGACCUGAUUGAACUGGAUCCCAAUCGUUAUGGAAAAUGGACAACAACUCAGUAUACAGAGGCUAAAGCGAGAGAGUCUUAUGGAUUCAACAAUAUUGUGGGUUACCCUAAAGAAGAAAGGUUUGCUGGGAGACCUACUAAAAGAAUCAGUGGGAUUUAUAAUAUCCUUAAUUCUAAGUGCUCCAUGGGCUUCCAUGCAGGAUGGGAGCAGCCACAUUGGUUUUACAAGCCUGGACACGAGCCUGGAUAUAAGCCAAGCUUCCAACGUACAAACUGGUUCCAGCCGGUGGGUUUAGAGUAUCAACAAGUUAUGCAAAAAGUGGGGGUGAUUGACCUAUCACCAUUUGGCAAGUUUAAGGUCAGAGGCAAAGAUUCUCUUAAACUGUUGGAUCACCUCUUUGCAAAUGUCAUUCCAAAGGUGGGUUUUACAAAUAUAAGUCACAUGUUGACACCAAAAGGCAGAGUUUAUGCUGAGAUGACCGUCUGCCAGCAAUCUCCAGGGGAGUUCUUACUGAUAACUGGUUCUGGGUCAGAGCUUCACGACCUGAGAUGGAUUGAAGAAGAAAUUGUGAAAGGUGGAUAUGAUGUCGAAAUUGAAAAUAUUACAGAUGAACUUGGAGUCCUUGGAGUAGCGGGGCCAUCAGCAAGAAGAGUUCUUCAGAGACUGACCUCUGCUGAUCUUAGUAGUGAUGCAUUCAAAUUCCUCCAAUCUAAACCUUUAACAAUUUCCAAUAUUCCUGUUACUGCUAUUAGGAUAUCCUAUACAGGUGAACUGGGCUGGGAGCUCUACCAUAAACAAGAAGACUCUGCCAUGCUCUAUGGGGCCAUCAUGGAAGCAGGCCAGGAGGAAGGAAUUGACAAUUUCGGAACUUAUGCUAUGAAUGCCUUAAGAAUGGAAAAAGCUUUCAGGGCCUGGGGGUCAGAGAUGAAUUGCGAUACAAAUCCUCUGGAGGCUGGGCUAGACCAUUUCAUAAAGUUAAAUAAACCAGCAGAAUUCAUAGGAAAGCAAGCACUGAAACAGAUGAAAGAAAAGGGGCUGAAACGGAGAUUGGUCUACCUCACCUUGGAGACGGAUCAUGUGGAUCCAGAGGGAAAUGAAAGCGUCUGGCAUGAUGGCAAGGUUGUGGGCAACACUACCUCUGGAAGCUACAGUUACAGCACUCGGAAGAGUCUGGCUUUUGCUUAUGUCCCCAUGGAGCUUAGUAAAGUGGGACAGAGAGUGGAGGUUGAACUGCUGGGCAAAAGUUACCCAGCAACCAUCAUACAAGAACCACUGGUUUUGACUGAGCCCGCUAGAGCUCAGCUUCAGAAAAAGACUGGAAAUAGCCAAGUCUGAAUGAAAAGGAGGGAGAAAACUACCCUUAGUAGUUUCAUAGCUGCUUUACACGUUGUGUGACUAUGUGACUGCUCUCAGGACUAUGAAUCACUGCGAUUCUCCUGAGGAAUGUUUUCUUUUCCAAAUUCCGCUAAUGAAUCAACUUCAGAAUCAACCAAAUCCAGAUUUAGGUUCACUCUAAUAUCUGUUCCCCUUUUCUUCACUUCCCCUCCUCCCAGCUGUUUUCUAUUCUUUUUUUAAAGGCAGGAUUUCAAAUAGGUGAUUUAUAUUGUCCUUUCAAACCAAAAACUUGCUGGACAAUUUAUUUCUCAAGUAUUGUAUCGUGCAGCAUUGGAUCAGCAAAAAGAUCCCAACAGGCUGUUCUUUCCAACAUGUAAUCAUUAUAACUCUUAAAAGACAACAAGUAGUUUUUUAUAAACUUGUAUUUUUUUAUGUUUAUAAAUCAGUGAGAGAAUGGUUCUAUUCAUGUCUCAUAUAAAAACAAGCAAGAACAUUAUUGUUGUGAGGUGCCCUUUACUGGGCAACCUUAGAUAAGUCAAAUAAGCAGUUGAUGAAAAUGCUCACAAUGGAAAUAAUCUUAAAUACAUCUUAACUAGCUUAGUACUUGACUAGUUUAAUGACAGAUCUGUUCAAGUGUAAGAAACAUUAAAUGUUUUCACAAUAUCUGCCUUGGAAACAACUCAGACAUUGUUAUAGAACAAUCCCUAUGUCCUUUUGGAAGGUCGUUUUAGGAGGAAAAAUUGCAAAGAAAGAACAUAGUCUUCCCUAGGAAUUGUUCCUUCCAAACCUUCAGCAAAGAAACUGAAGCAUAAAUAGAUUGUGCCAGUGAAAACACGGUUUGAAUAAUGAAUACCUAUCAUUGAAGAAAGAAUUAAUGGAAGUUGACAUCACACUGAGCUGUUCUGAAUAUCAUUUUACAAAGCAGGUCAAAAUAAAGUAUAAAAGCUGACAGGGCUGCACUUAGCGUUACGCACAGCAAGAAAUCCAUUUGGAAAUUAUUCUUUGUUCGACUUUCAAAAAUGAUUUGGGUCUACUUGGCUGAACCAAUCCGAAAUAUUCCUUUUCUUAAAGGUGACACUAUUUAUAACCAAGUAGUAUGUGGAAUAUAUGUUUUUUGCUCAAAGACAUUCGCUAGUUAUUAAAGAAAACGUGGUAUGAAACACAAAAAACUAUAGUUAGAAUAAAUAAACCAUAACAACACUUCUUAAUUUGUAUGUUUCAGAAACAUGACAAAUUUACUAAUAUCAGGUGUGUUAUGAAACAUAAUAUAGUGGUCAGACACUUGGAAUCUCAAAUCCACCCUUUUUCUUGGGCAGAUCAUUACAUGAGGAAAGUGAAGAUGCAGCCUCCAUCUCAGCACAGUUCUUAUUUAGCAAGCAUCAUAUAGGCUCUCUACCACUACAUCUAUGAUCUCUACCACCAGCUGGAACUUCUACAGGGGGUGGUCUUUUCUGUGAAUUAGCAUGCCACCUUUCUUAACGAUUUUCGACCAAGGAUGAGUACUAGAUGCCACUCUUUUUCUCAGUAAAUAACCAUUCAUUGAGUACUUCCUUUAACCAAGACACAAACAUAAUUAAGUCAGUCCAUGCUCUAAUGGACUAGGCUUUCUCUGUGCUUCCAUCACUGUCCUCUCAGAGUGCUGUAGAUGUUAUUUGGAACACCUUUAAACAAACAAGACUGAAUAAUCUUGGGGAACAAAUAAAGAGAGCACAUGGAAGGAUACUGCUUAAUCCAGUGGUAAUGCAUCCCAGGCACAUGGGACAGCCUAAAGAUGCAGAGACUGCUGAUGGAAUGUUGUGUGUGAGGAACCCAGGAAGAAGGCCUGGUAAAAGCAUAUGAUUCAGUUAUUUUGCAACAAUAACAAUGAUUUCCUAAAACUUGUGAUUGAGAUUGGAGAAGGAUGAGGAGGGAAGUGGACAUUAAAAGAUAUCCUACUUCUUCAUCUGAGAGCAACUUUAUGAUUGUCUGAGCAUCCCAAGAUAAUACCUUUUCCUAUCUUACACUUUCCUCAGCUUGAGUUGGUACUAGGAUGGUGGUGGCUGUUAAGGCAAAGUUAUCCAGGAUUCUUAGAAUUUUUAGUUAGAAAAGACUUUGAAGAUCAGAAAGGACAAUGCCCAGUCCCACUGCUCUGUGCCACCCCUUCCCUCUAAGUCUAGGCUUGCACCUGGUCAAAUAUCCUUCACCAUCUCCUCCCCUACUCAGAUGUACUUCAGCAAGGCUACUUUGAAGCAGAUGGAUGUCCCAACUCAGAGUAGGACCUUUGAGUUCUACUUUCUCUGUUCACGUACCUAUACAUCUCUACUCAGGUGCUGAAGCCACUAUGGUUAGAAGAACAUGAGCACCAAGUAUUCCAUAAGCAGUGGCUCCAUUAGAGUGGUUGUUGAUUCCUCAGUGCAGCUGCCAGCAAAAGAAACUGCACAUGCUGGACAUAAUGGCUGCCAAAUCCAGCCUGAAAAAGAUCAACUCUGACCUGUUGUCUGAGGUCUAAUUCCAAGUAGAAGCCACUGAAGGCAUUGACAAAAUAUUUGAACCAUGAAAUUGAGAGCUGAACUUUUGGCAUCAUCCUCCAAGAUGGUGUGGAAAGGUCAACUCCACAGAGUCAUCUUGAGUCAAACAGCCCAGAAAAUGGCCAGGAAGGAGGAUACCUUCUCUAAGCUCUCUGUCAGUUAGUCAGUCAACAAGCAUUUAUUAAACAUUUACUAUGUGCCAGACACUGUGCUAAGCACUAAGAACAGAAAAUAGAAACAAAAGACAGCCCCUACCUUAAAGGAGCUUAUAUUCUUUUGGGGAAGACAUCACAUAAAAGGGAUCUGAAAAUUCACCUAGCACAGGGGCGUGGAAUAGAAAGCCCUAUGGAGAUGAGACACUGCAGCUGUGUAACCUGGAGAGGGCUGAAGAUGCCUCCUUCACCCCAAAGAUUAAGAGCUAGAAAAGUCCUGUGGGAAAAAAAGGAUCAGAAUGGAAAGCAGAAGUUCCUACCCAAACAUCACACUUCACAGAAUUUUCACACUGUGGUAGGCUUUUUACAUUCUUUUUCAUUUUAUUCUUCACUGCAAUGCAUUGUAGACAGUUAUCUCACAGAUAACUGUUCCCCCAAAUGCCUGGGACUGGUAGCAAAGAAUGCUCAGAAUAGUAAAGUUCUUAGAGGGAAGGCAAAAGAUAAUUUCUUAAAAUUGUAUUCACGUGAAAGGCUGGUGUAUAAAACUAUGCUCUCCAUAUAUAUUCUCCAUAUAUACUCUCCUUACUAUCCAGUAAGAGAUCUUAAGAAGACCUCCCUAUGUUAUCAAAAUGGAAUCGAAGCCACUCUUGAAUAGUUUCUUUAAAUGAGCAAGAAACAUGCUAGCUGCAAACUUUAAUUCAAGGAUUUGUAUUUUAUUUAAAGAUUCUGGGAUGCUAAAGGAUAGUACUCAGUUUGCAGGGGUCCUCCAAUUUUUGAUCCUGUUUCCUUCUUGAACUAUUCAUUGAAAUAAUGGGGCCAUGAAUAAGAUCAACCACAACUUACCAUAGUGAGUGGUCUUCAGUUUUUUCCUAAUGAAGAAAUAACGGUUUUCUCUUACUGACUCUUAUCUCUCAUUUUGAGAAAUUUCUUUUCCUCUUUCUGAAGGACCAGACAAGCUGCAGAUAGUGAUCAUAGAAGUUAGAUCUUGUAAAAACUAUCUUUAAAAGAGCCCAGGAAGAGAAAUAGAAAGGGGGGGAAAGUUAGAAUGAAUUGGAAUAUCCCAAACUUUAAGUUACUGCUAUUUAUAACAACAAUCACAAAAUUUUUGAUACAAGUUCAAAAAGAGAAAAGUAGAUCAGUGGAACAAAAUAGAUAAGCAAGAACCAGAAACCACCAAACUAAUUAGCCCAGUGUUUGAUAAACCCCUAAGUGCAAACUUCAGGAGGAAGGAUUUGCCAUUUGUCAGGAACUGCUGGGAAAACUGGAAAGCAGUUUGACAGAAAAAAUUGGUUUAGUUCUGCAUCUUACUCCUUAAGACCAGAAUAAGUUCCAGUUCAUUCAAGACUUAAUAUAAAAGGUCUAAUCAUUUUUUUCUAACUUGGAAGAAAAUGGAAGUACCUUUCAGAGCUAUAAGUAGAGAGAGAGUUCAUGAUCAAACUAGGGAUAGAGUAAAUCACACAAAAUAAAAAAGAUAAUUUCAGUUUGUGAAGAGAAUGAUGAUUUUCAUAAUAAUUGAUAUAUGUAUAAUGAACAUACUAAUAAUUUAGAUUUUUCAGAACUGCCUCUCUUGUGAGUUAGAAGCUCACAAUGAAGCUUUAAAUGAUCAAUAAAACCUUGCCAAUGCUCACAAUCACUGCCUGUACCUUAAGUGAAGUGAAUCAAAUACUGUAAGAACCUGUUCUUGUCACAGAGCUCUGGUCCUGUGACCCACCAAGUCACGACCCCCAAAACUAGACUCCAGAAUUGUUGAAUUGUCUUCCAUUUGUGGGUUUGUCAUGGGAAACCGCUCAAUCCCUAGAAAUGAUUGUUUGUAAUCCACAUUCCCCCUUCCCUUCCCAUUGUGAUUUAUAUAUAUAAUCUCUGUCUUCACUACAGCAAGGUGAAAUCCUGAAAUUCCCAAUUUGCAAAUCUGUUUCUCAUAAUGAAACAAAUUAAUUAAACAGCUACCUGAUUACUGGCA